CCAUUCUAAAUGGCACAGCCUGAAGGGGUCUGAGGUGGCCAGCAUUCUGCAUGAAUAGAGCACCUGCAAUGAGCUGACAGCGAGUGCUACAAAACCUGGGAAGCCGUGCCCAGCUCGGGAGCUGUCGGGACAGAGCAGAUAACUGCGGCUUUCUUGGAGGCCAUUCUUAAUUAGCGAGGCACUGAAUCAGCUUGCUGUGGCAAGUGAAAGUGUCAAAUAGCAGAACAGUUGUUAGACUUCCAAGGCACGUGGGCCGCCAGAGAGGGAUCAAAGGUAUCUGCAAGGGGAAAAAAAAGUUCAACAAAGAAGCAAGAAGCGAGGGUAGAGACAUUAGGUGAAGCUGCGGAAGAAACUAGCCACCUUUUUUUUUAUCCUGCGAGGCUUUUAAUUCGGAGUCUCCACUCUCAGUGAACCAAUUUGAGCUUUUGCCCUGCUGUUUUGAUGCUCAUCAGCCGACACUGACAGGUGUGCAUUUUGAAGUGGGAGUCUUGCAGUCAAUUGAGAAAUGUCAGGAAUUCCGAGCUUGCGGAGAUCAUGGUCCCUCUCUGAUGAACCAGAGGCAGCGGAUAGAAUGGAGUUGGAACCCGAACCAGAGGAUCUGGACUGGGAUAACUACAGCGUGACUCUGGAGGAGAAAACAACUGUUAAUUCAGAACAGAAACUGCGGUCACUUACUGAUGAAUUAAUCCAGAGAGAUGAAACAAUAACCAACCUUCGAAAGGAUAAGCAGAAACUGGAGAAAUUGAUCCAGAACAGAUUGGAAGACUUGCAAGUUGGGGAAGAUAAAGAAAGCUGUCUGACUAAGGCCAACAGCAAACUGAGUGCACAGAGAGGGGAGUCUGAAUACAACUUAGAGGAGGUGAAGCAAUUGCGGACAGAUUUCGAAAGAGGGAAGCGGAAGCUUGAAGGAGACCUGAAGAUGACCAUCGACAGCCUAAAUGAAAUGGAAAAACUGAAAGUUGACCUGGAAGAAGUCAUUAAGAAGAAAGAGCUGGAGAUAAGUUCAGUGAACACUAAACUGGAAGAUGAACAAUCUUUAACUGCUACUCUUCAGAGGAAGAUUAAGGAAUAUCAGGCCCGGGUUGAGGAACUGGAGGAGGAGUUGGAUGCAGAGCGAGCUAUGAGAGCCAAGGUUGAGAAACAGCGAGCUGAUCUUACCAGGGAACUAGAAGACCUUACUGAUAGAUUGGAAGAAGCUGGUGGAGUAACUGCGUCCCAGAUGGAGAUGAACAAGAAGCGUGAGUCAGAACUGCUGCGACUGAGGCGAGAGUUGGAGGAGGCCACACUGCAGUCAGAGACUACAGCCGCAGCUCUUCGCAAGAAGCACGGGGACACUGUGGUGGAAAUAACUGAGCAGUACGAGAACCUGCAGAGGCUGCGUGUGAAAACAGAGAAAGAAAAGCAAAGUAUGAAGCUGGAACUGGACAACAUGAGCCUUACUAUUGAUGGCCUUCAAAAAAGCAAGGUGGCUAGUGAUGCACAGAUUCGAAAGCUCGAAGAUUUAUUGUCGGAAGCCACUUCCCGAAAUGAGGAUUUGCAGCGUUCUCUCACUGAGCAGAGCCUUGGCAAAACACGGCUGACAGCUGAAAAUAAUGAUUUGACUCGCCAGCUAGAAGAGGCGGAGAACAAAAUAGGUCAACUGAACAGAUCAAGGGUCAUCCUGACAUCACAAGUUGAAGACUUGAAAAAGCAGAUUGACGAAGAAUCAAAGUUGAAGAGCACGAUGGCCACAAGCCUCUCAAGUGUCAAGCAGGACAACGAGCUGCUGAAGGAGCAAGUUGAGGAGGAGCAGGAGAGUAAAUCUGAACUGCAGAGGCUCAUUUCCAAACUAAACAGUGAGGUCACCCACUGGCGGACACGCUAUGAAACUGAUGCCAUUCAGAGAACUGAUGAGCUUGAGGAGUCCAAGAAGAAGCUGACGUGUCGAUUACAGGAGGCUGAAGAGGCCGCAGAAGCAGCCCAGGCCAAGUGCUCCAGCUUGGAGAAAACCAAACAGCGGCUGCAUAUCGAGGUGGAGGAGCUGAGCAUUGACCUGGAGAAGGCGAAUGCAGCAGGUGCAACCCUUGACAAGAAGCAACGAAUGAUUGACAAGCAGAUUUCAGACUGGCGUCAGAAGUGCGAGGAGAUUCAGACGGAGCUGGAGUCCUCGCAGAAAGAGUGUCGGCAAUACGCCACCGAGCUCUUCAAACUGAAGACUUCCUAUGAAGAGCUGAUCGAACAGCUGGACUCAAUUAAGCGGGAGAACAAAACACUCCAAGAAGAGAUUACCGACCUGACAGAUCAGCUGGGUGAGGGAGGCAAGAGUGUCCAUGAGCUGCAGAAGUCCAAGAAGAAACUCGAGAUGGAAAAGGAGGAGCUGCAGGCAACUCUCGAGGAGUCAGAGGCAGCACUAGAGGCUGAAGAGAACAAGGUGGUGCGACUGCAGCUCGAGCUGACGCAAGUUAAGGCGGAGGUGGAUCGGAGGAUCCAGGAGAAGGAAGAGGAAUUUGAGGCCACUAGGAAAAACCAUCAGCGGAGUCUAGAUUCACUGCAGGCCAGUCUUGACGCAGAGGUGAAAGGUCGGGCCGAGGCUCUGAGGGUGAGGAAGAAGCUCGAGAAUGAUCUGAAUGAGCUGGAGGUUCAGCUGGACCAAGGCAACAAGAACAACAGCGAACUACUGAAGCUGCUAAAGAAACUGCAGCAACAAGUGAAGGACACGCAGAGCCAGAUGGAGGAGGAUGCCCGGCGGCACGAAGAGCUGCAAGAGCAGCUCGCGCUGGCAGAGCGACGUUCUGGCGCGCUCUCGGCAGAGCUGGAGGAGACCCGCAGCACCCUGGACCUGAGCGAGCGCAGCCGCAGGCUCCUGGAGCAGGAGCUGAUGGAGAUAACCGAAAAACACAAUGAAGUCAACAUGCAGUUCCAAGGAAUCGCUGUCAUCAAACGCAAGCUGGAAGUGGAGUUCCAGCAGCUGGUGACUGAGCACGAGGAGCUGACCAGCGAGUUCAGAGGCUCGGACGAGAAGGCGAAGAAGGCCGUUUGUGAGGUGGACAGGCUGUCCGAGGAGCUACACCGCGAGCAGGACCACUCCCUGCAUCUGGAACGGCUGAGGAAGGGCCUGGAGACGCAGGUCAGGGACCUGAACGGCAAACUCGAGGAGGCUGAACAGCUGGCACUGAAGGGAGGGAAGAAGAUCAUCCAGAAACUGGAAGCACGGGUGAAAGAGCUGGAAGUGGAGUUGGAUGCAGAGCAGAAGCGCCACGCAGAGACCGUGAAGACCCUGCGCAAGAACGAGCGGCGGCUGAAGGAGUUGGUGUUCCAGGCCGAGGAGGACCAGAAGAACCAGCACCGCAUGCAGGAGCUGGUUGAGAGGCUUCAGAGCAAGUUAAAGGCCUACAAGAGGCAGGUGGAGGAGGCGGAAGAACAGGCCAACAUGAAUCUGGCAAAGUACAGGAAGACGGUCCACGAGUUGGAUGAUGCCGAGGAGCGGGCUGACAUCGCAGAGGCAGCACUCACCAAGAUCCGCACCAAGAACAGGGCCAGUUUUGGCAAAGGCUACUCCUCGGGUUACAACUCUCCAUUCGCCACCCUUGUCAGGUCUCCUAGCUCAGCUGGGUCGGAAGGAAGAGGAGAGAAGAUGCUGAAUGAUGAUGAUUCUACCUCUCUCAUUCCUACUUACCUGAAUUCCCUUAAGAAGCUGAUUAUUGAAUAAUUCCCAAAAGACGGCCCCUCUCGUGCACUCACUAGAGUGGAUGGGAAAGACAUUUACCACUGGAGCGACAUGCAACACAAAUGGUACAGGCAUCUCAACGUCUCAGCUGUGUGUAGGAGCUGACAGUAUCAGACUGGGGGUAGGAGCAUCAAAUUAAUACUCAACAAAGAGCAUUUCAACAGGAUCUUAAAAACACCUCUCAUAAGUACUUGCACGCAUGUGUGGUAUUCAGUGAUUGUAAACAGUGUCUCACAGAUGCAGUGAAAGCCACAGUGCUCCUUACCAAUGAUAACUGAGAUGGUCUUCUAACAGGGAGUAUAUAAUGAGACAAUAAAACUCUUAAACCCAGUCACUUAUCCCAGAAUCCGAAUGCACAUUGGUGUAUUCUACUUCUGUACCUCAGUGUCAUCUUUUGCUUGCCAGGUAGUCAGAAAAGUACCUCCUUCCUGUAGCCUUAAAACUCAGUACAACAGCGAUCCAAUUCAGAUGUUAAAGCCACACUGGAAACAUGAAAAUUUAAGAGACCCAUUUUUGUAUCACUGAGAAAUUGCAUUAUAUUUAUAUUUUAUAUAUUAUAUAUAUUAUAUAUAUAUUAUGGACAACUUAGUUGAUUUUAUAAUACAGCUUAUAACUCCAUGUUUGAAGAUGAAAAAAUCUAGAUAAUCAUUUAAUCAUCUAUAACCUUAGUGUAAUCCAUGGUAACUGUUAAUAUUAUUGUGCAUUUUACAUUGUAAUAAACUACUGUAAUCUUA